UAAGCGCGCAUUACAUUCUCAAUUGCUCUCUUCGUGUGUUCUCCACCCGUUGUCUUUCGCGCUCUUGAAACGCAGUUUCCGCAAUUACAUCCAAAGGAAUUGUGAUAGUGCUCUGUAAUGUUUCGUUAAAUAAUCAAUUGCCAGCGUGAUCGAAUGGGUGAAUAGAUGGAGAAGAUGAAAAACCAGUGACCAGAUUGGAUAGAGUGAUUCCACCAAUGCGGUCAACAUGGACUCCAACGUCGGUCUUGACUACAUCGUAGACAAUCCUGAUUACUGCAGUAAACUCGCUUCAGCUCUAGAUACUGCGUGUACAGCAGUCAAGAAGCAAGUGGUGGAAUUACUAUCAGCACUGUGUGUUUACAGUCACGAUGGCCGACAAAGAGCUAUCGACACCCUCCAUAUUUAUCAGGAACGAAAGGGAGAGCGAUAUCGACUUCGGGCAAUCGUUGAUGAGCUCCAGAAGGCAAUUGCUGAAGAUUAUCAAGCAGCAUUACUCGCAUUCAUCAACUGUCUGGUCAUCUCAACGCCUGCGGUCAAGGAUCGUGUUCGCCUUCGUAAUGAGUUCAUUGGAUUGAAGCUGCUACCAAUUUUGAACGACCUCCGAAAGCAGAAGAGCCAAUUUCCGGAUUUACGAGUGCAAUUGGAUGUAUUCGAUGAUCAACGGGAGACUGACGAAGAACUCACCAAUCAGGGACCACCAGGAAUCGAUCUAUCCUCUCACGUCGAUGUGUUUUAUGCUAUUCUCGGUCAAAUAGCAGACACACCCCAGGAAAUUCCAUUCUUGAGUAUCCUCCAGCACCUUCUGCGACUAGAUCCAAAAGAAGCUGCGAGUGAUCUUGCCUGGGAUACAGCAGAGACACUGGUGCACAGAGCUACAUUAUUAGAGAGUCGUGAGGACGUCACCAAGUUAUUAAGGUCCCCCAGUCUCCAGACAAAUUUGUGUUGUCAUUGUCGUGGCACCGAUCAAUCAAGUACUCCACGAAAAUCAUCAAUACCUGCAGCAAAUUCUCCACCUUUUCUGGUAUCACCUCCUGUCACGUCGAUCCCAUCACCACCAGCACCACCAAAUCCCUCCUUCAUCCUGCCACCACCUCCGCCACCACCCCUUUUCACAAAUUGUGGCAAUUUUGAUGUAUCCAUGGAACCACCCCUGCCACCACCACUCAGAGUACCAGCGAUCAACAGGGCUCCUACCCCAGAACCACCCAGUAAUAAUGGAAAAUUAUUACCCCAGCAGGAGAUCCCCACCCCUAAGACUAAAAUGAAGACUAUCAAUUGGAAUAAAAUUCCUAAUCACAAGGUCGUGGGGAAGAGAAAUAUCUGGUCUUUAGUGGCGAACGAGCACCAGAAUUCACCGAUGGCAGAUCUCGACUGGGCAGAGAUGGAGGGACUCUUCUGUCAGCAGGUGCCACCAAUGAUCCCCCAAUCGAUAUCUGCAUCGUCCAGCAGUGGAAAUGAUGCAGAUAAACGACGACGAGAGCCAACUGAAAUCGUCCUGUUGGAUGGCAAGAGGAGUUUGAACGUCAAUAUUUUCCUGAAACAAUUUCGAACUUCAAACGAAGAUAUUAUACAGUUAAUCAGGGAAGGGGGACACGACGACAUCGGAGCGGAAAAGCUACGGGGACUUCUUAAGAUAUUGCCAGAGGUCGAUGAAUUGGAAAUGCUUAAGAGUUUCGAUGGUGACAAAUCCAAACUCGGUAAUGCUGAGAAAUUUUUCUUGCAGCUCAUACAAGUGCCAAAUUACAAACUCCGAAUAGAGUGUAUGCUGUUGAAAGAAGAAUUCGCAGCCAACAUGAGUUACCUGGAGCCCAGCAUAAACUCAAUGAUCCUCGCUGGAGAGGACUUGAUGACGAAUAAGCCCCUCCAGGAGAUGCUGUAUAUGGUACUCGUUGCUGGGAAUUUUCUUAACUCCGGAGGCUAUGCUGGGAAUGCCGCUGGUGUUAAAUUAUCAUCCCUCCAGAAGUUGACAGAAAUUCGAGCAAACAAACCAGGCAUGAAUCUCAUCCACUACGUCGCCCUCCAGGUGGAGAGAAAACGAAAAGAUCUGCUCCACUUCGCCAAGAAUAUGAGUACACUGGAGGCAGCUGCCAAAACGACUAUUGAGCAGUUGAUGAAUGAGUUCAAUACCCUGGAUACUAAAAUAAAAAAAAUUACAACGCAAAUUCAACUUCCAUCGACUGAAGCUGAUAUUCAGGAACAAAUGGCGCAAUUCUUGCUGGUGGCAGAGCAAGGGAUGGCUCAGUUGAAACGGGACAUGGAGGAGCUGGAGACAGUGAGACAUAGUCUAGCUGAGUUCUUCUGUGAAGACGCCAAUGCUUUCAAAAUCGAGGAAUGCUACAGAAUAUUCCAUCAAUUCUGUCAGAAAUUCAAUCAAGCUGUUGCUGAAAAUGAGAGGCGAAAGCUCCAGGAGGAGCAGAUUAAUGCUCGAAGAAAGCAACGGGAGGAGCAGCUCCUGGCGAAGAAACGUCUUCUGAGUAAUCAGAUGGACAUGCCGGGUUCGGAAUCCGAGUGCAAUUUGAUGGAUUAUGGAGUCCUGGACAUACAAUCUGGCUUUUCUCGACAACCAUACGGUAGGAGUGACGCUAAAAUGAAGAGACUGCAGAAUGGAGGUGUCACAUCUGACGAGGACAUCUCAAUUACUGGAUCACCAAGCAUAAGACGACGUCUUGGCUCGUGUUCAGGUGGACCUGACCAGCAAAUAACCAAAGAAGAUACUUAUUCACCGGAUGUAACACCCAAUGGGACUCUACGUCGAAGGAGAAGUCGAGUGCCUUGUGAGGAUGACGAUGGAAAUUUGAUGGACUUCUUGAGGACCAGCAGUGGACAGGAGACCACGAGGGAGAGGAAGUCCUGGGGGAGUUUGGACAGAUCGUGGGCAAGAAGGGCAAGGGGACAACCUCGACGUGGAGAUCUCCUCAAUGCUGAUUUCUCGGGUGAUCGAGAACGCCCGAGCUCACCUUCACCUCUUGCUGAGACCAAAUCGUUUAUACAGGCUGAGGAAGACGCUAAACCAACAGGACGAGCGUGGAGACAGAAGAUUGAAGCGUGGCUGUCAGAAAAUGAGAAAGAAGAACGAGCUGGUGAGGAACUGCAGAGGAAGGCACGUCAAUUGCAAGCCAAUCGUAGAUCUCUGGAAGAUCCUGAAAACGAGGGGAAGAUGAAUACACUUCAGGACCCAUCCCAGUCGAGAUACGCGGAUGUUUACGACUGGCGUCCCUCAGUGGAGAAAACCGACGUAAUGAGAACGAUGGCAGCUAUUGAAGAAGCUCAGCCUCAUCCUCCUCAUGUGGACAAAUCCUGGAAGAAAUCGGUUAUGGAUACCUCGAUCUCCGAAGACAACGAUCCGAGAUACUCUCGACGGAUAAGACCUAGGGCUAAUGAGAAUGUCCUAGGCCAGAGCACAUUGCAGGCGAUCCGAGAGGAAGAGCGCAAGAAAAAUAAGACCUUGGAGGUUGCCCCUGCCGAUGACAACGACGUAUUGACGAUUUAUCUUCGUCAGCCCAGUCUCACUCCAAGCUCUUCCAUAAGGAGGUUCUCUAAAUCAUCCACUAAAAAUGACAGGAUCACUGAUAAAAUCGAAAUCGACUCCGAUAAUAUCGAAACCCCACCAGUCACUAGACGAGUCUUCAGUCCACCCCGAGAGGUAAAACCCGUCGACAAAGAGCCAUGCAAACGCGACAGGUGCAGCAGUUCUCAAGGGCGAGAAAUUAAAGUUAAUGCUACGAAAUCGAUAGUUGCUAAUAGUGAUCUUGGAAGUGGUAACUUCGACAGGUAUUCAGCGGCGCGAAAGACGCGGAGAUACAAGAAGACUCAAGAAAGCCCAUCAGACAAGGAGAACCCCAAGCAGGAGCCCAAUCUCGAUAACCUGGAGGACAAUCCAUCUCGUCCAAGCAGUUUAUCUCUGAUAAUCGAUAAAACUCCUGAGGAAGACGUGAUGUUGCGGGUGUGGCAGGAUAAAUUGAAACGUCGACACGUAUCAAAUCCAGAGUCAACCCUCACAGAUUCUCCGAAGGACGAACUGAAAUCAAGGAGAACAAAUUCCAGAGUGCCAAUUACCCAGCCAGCCCCAGUAAUUGCUGUGACAAAUACAGUAUUGAGUCCGGUGAUGCAGGAAUCAAAGCCCAGGGAGAUGACACCUGUGUGGCCAGAGAGAGCUGUGCCUUGUAGGGAAAGGCAUCGAAGCAUGAUUGAUCCGAGUCAAGUGAGAGAAGCAAUGAGACUAACGAGUAAUCCACCCAGUCAAGUGAAUCAAUUAAACAGGGCAAUCGAUCGGGAAAGAGAUGCCCUGCCAAUAGUCUACGUUUCGUCGAGUGAAACAAAGGGACUGGAGGUCAUGGACGACCAGACGACGAAUUUCCAGGGCAUCAGGGAUAAUAAUCAGUCGUCAUCGGUUGGGGAUAAAAACUCUGGAGACAAAUCUAUUCCAAUUAAAAACACAUCUCCGCUGUUCAAGAGUCGAUUCAUUCCAGAUAUCAAUAUGACAUCGACGUCGCCGUUGAUCGGAAAGUCCAAGGAUCAGGAGAUGAAUGACGAGGGAUUCGAGGAGACCCAGAGUCUAGUGUCAGAGACCCUCAGCCAGGAGACAUCAUCUGGGAAUUAUGAGACAGAUGUUCAUGAUUCGCCCAGUUGUUCUCCAGCGGAGAUGCAUUACAAUAAAGAGCGUCUUCCUGAUACCAAGAGAAUCGUCGAGAAGGAUGAGAUGCGACUCAAGGGAUUUAGACUGCAUUCGGGAUCUUUAAGAUCUGGGAAAGAAAAAAUGAGUUAUCUACCGAAGAAGGAGAAGGUGCGUGAGGCUAAGGUGGAAUCACCAAAGAAAUUUGCCCACUCUUUCAGGAAUGACGUUGAGAGGUCUGGGUCUAGGAGCAGUUUGAUGAGCUCCAGGAGCUCUUUGAAUUCUGCAACGUCUGUUAAUACUGUUAGAAAAUUACCCAAUCAUUCGCCGUUGAGGAGUUAUACCUCUGCCAUUUGUGCCAUGACCAAUGAUCUGCGUAAGGGUGCUAAUACACUACCUCCUAGUAGAGAAAAUGAUAAACGAAGGCCUGCACCCAAGUCUACGGUUACGAGGAUACCAGCAAGUCGGAGCAGCAGCAGUGGAAGCAGUGUUGGCCCUGUUGUUAGAAAUAUCCGGAAAAACAAAGCCGGAAUGAAUGAUAAUGCAGCACUGGUGACACCGAAACCAAAACGAACGAUAUCAACUCGAAACGAUAGCAACAAUAGCAUUGGUGCUCCUCCGAUGCUUCAGAACCGUGUGCCAAGCUCGAGAGCUCUGACUUCGACAUUAAGUAGAACAAAAAUUACUCAGCCCCGUAAUCACAGCUUUAUGAGGCCGACUGCAGCCAGUGUGAACAAAGGAUCGAUACCGAAUCUCGCUAAAAGCAUAAAAAAUCUCAGCAACUAAUGAAAUUUCAAGUGACAGUAUCCAUUCGUCAGUUUAUUUAUAACAAAUUUAUUUUCCUCCUCGUUAGUUCCUUGCGAAAAUGGACUGAUGCAAUUAAAAUUAUAGAAUAAUGUACAUCGAUUAAAAUUCGUGUACAGUAGACUUUCGUUAUUAUCCUGUGCAUGGAAAAUUAAUAUUCUCAUAAAAUAUUUUAAAUUCGAGUACGAGGAAUAUUUAUUUAUCGGCUUUAUUUUUCACGGAAUUCUAUUCCUUACGACUGUAACGGAAUUCUACCGUACAGAGACGAAUGCAAAUGACAGAUCGUUGAUCGAUAAUAAUAAAUAUUAAUUGAAUAUUUAAUGGAUGUGGAAUCUAGUGGAAUUCUAUUGAUUUUAAUUGGAGAAUUCUUAAGGAAUAGGCGAUGAGGAAAUAUCAGAUUGAAGAUUCUAAUUCUUUAGUCCAUCCCACAUUUUAAAUAAAAAAUAGAAAAAUAUUAAUAAUUAGCGUGAAUGAUUGGAAAGAUGGAAAUCUAUGGGCUAUGUUCUUCCGAUAUUUAAAUAAAAAUGCAACGUCGCUGAAUUUUCAAUGGGAAUUGCCAUCGAAUGGGCAGAUGACAAAUUCAUUACAUAACAGUUGAUGGUUUUUACAAGGAACUUGACAAAAAUGUACAUUUAAUUUAAAAAUUAUAUCUUCUAAUUUUGCCAAACUGUGAGGGGUGUUAUAACGAAUUAUUACAUGAUACAGUGUUUUGGGUAUGUAAUAGAAUCCUGAGAGAUUAAAAUCAUCUUAAUUCUCAACUCUUCACAUAAUCAGUUACCAAAGUUCGAUGAAACUCAAGGAGAAAUGCGCACGAAUUCACCGGAUGUACUUCCAGUCUUCUAGUAUUGAAUAAUUUUUAUACAUCACGAAUGUUCCGUAAUUUAGGAUUAAAAUGGUAUUAUUUCUGCUCCUGCAGGUGCUACGGACAAUUCCAAAUUCACGUCAGAUGUGCAAACUAACAUUUUGUAUUGAUUUUUAUGUCUUAUGUAUUAGACUUCAUUGAUGGCAUUAGUCUAGUUAAUUAAUUAUGAAAGAUGAAUGAUUUAUUGUAGAGUCAACCGUUAAUGAUCGAUUAAUAAAAUUUUAUUCUCACUGA